AUGUCUGAGCUCUCAGCUAUCACAUGGAAGUGGUUAGAGUUGUGUGACUCCGUCUCUUCCUCAGGCCCUGUGAGAAUCAACAAGAGCACGGAUGCAGAUGCGGAGCAACCACAGCAGGAAAGCAAUGUCCUUUGCACUCCUCUAUGUCACAGAGUGAUGAUUAAUUCAAAUGCUGACUUAAACAAUGACUUGGGCUGGACUCCUCUCCACCGCGCUGCCUACUGCGGGCACAUUCCACUGGUCAAGCAUCUCCUUCACAUGCGCGAAGCUAUCAAUAGCCGGGAUAUGUUUAGCUACACCGCAAUGCACAGAGCUGCUUGUAACGGGCACACUGACACAGUGGAGCACCUCUUACAGCGUGGAGCUCUGCUUGAGGCCCAAAGCCGCUGCGGAUUAAGCCCACUCCACUGCACCGCGGCCAAUGGACAUGUCAGCACGACCCAGCUCCUGUUAAAGUACGGAGCCUCUGUCAACGUUAAAGACAACAACAAGUGGACCCCCUUACACUGGGCCUGUGUCAAUGACCAUGUGGACAUCGCCAAACUGCUGCUAAUAAAUGGAUCUACCCUGGAUGAGAGAACGGACUGUGGGAUGGACGCACUGCAGUUAGCAGUGGAGGCUAAGAGUCUGAAGGCCAUCAAUUACUUACUAAAGAAAGGAGCGGAUGUAGGCGCCAGGGAUGAAAAUGAACAGACUGCUCUGCACAAAGCUGCAGCAAACGGAAGCAAAGAGAUCAUGCAGCUGCUGCUAGAACGAAAUGCGACAGUGGAGGCUUUUGACAAGAACCGGCUCACGCCCCUGCACCUCGCCGCAGAUAGUGGAGCGGCUAGCGCAGUUCAUUUACUGUUGCAGUUUGGUGCAUCUACUGACAGCAGAGACCACCUACACAUGACCCCACUGCAGAGAGCUGCUCUCCGAGGACAGGCGGAAGCCGCCGAGCUUCUACUCCAACAUGAUGCUGAUAUCCACGCCAAGGACUGGCUGGAUCGAACCUCUCUACAUCUGGCUGCACAGAAGGGCCAUUGUCAAGUCGUGCAAAUGCUCAUCAGCAGUGGUGCAGAUCUGUUAGCCAAAACUAAGUGGAACGAAACGGCUGCCGAUCUCGCCAGAGAUAGAAAUCUAGAGAAGGUAUUAGAUGUGCUGAGAGAGCACAGUGUUUGAUGGGGAGCAUGAACACAGCAGCAUGAUGUGGCAAAUUCAUGCUUUAGUUAGACAGAGAAAUCUAUCUUAGUAUGAUUUUGAAAAAUAAAUAAAUGAAUAAAU